UCUGGUGGUAAGUUGUCUUAUUAGCGAUGAUACCAUAUCAUCUCCUUACUUUUAUAUUAGGUCAUCAAAUAAACCAUGUCGACCCUCGGAACAAGGCUAUAUAAUAUAUGCAUACAGUACUAGUACAAAGACAAUUUGCAUCAAGUCUUCAAUAAAAACAAAUACCAUUUGAAACCAGCCUAGCAAGAGUAAUGCUCUAGGAAAUACUAUUAUAUCAGGAAAAUGUACAUGUAUUACGAUUUUUUCAUAUAUAGAUAAUUGGUGAACUAUGAGGACUGGGCCAAGCAGGCUAAAAUAACUUAUGAUUUAUAUAUGUUUAGGGCAUGGCAUCUAGUAAACCUAUACCAUGUGGACCUUGUCAACAAGCAACAGUUAACAUAAAAGCUGACGUCUGGUGUUACAACUGUGAUGAAGGAUUAUGUUCAACAUGUUCAAGUCAUCAUAAACGGUCCAAAGGAACACGUGAUCAUAAGACAAUUGAUAUAAAAAGUUAUAAACCAUCCGUCCGAGCUAUCAAAACAGAAAGUGACAAACACGGUCAACAAUUCCUCCUGUACUGCCCCAGUCAUUUAAUGCCUUGCUGUGAUGUAUGCAUUUCCCUUAGUCAUUCAAAAUGCACUGGAAUAAAAAGUCAAGCAGGUGUAGUAGAGACAACUAAAAUUGAAAAAUCUAAGGGAACUGUAGAGAGAGACAUUAAUUCUAUCUUAUCUUUUUUGGACCAAUUAGUAAACAACAAAUCAAAAAACAUAAAAACAGUAGAACAUCAGAAUAUGAGCAUGAAGAAAUCACUUAGAGACAUUCGAAUGAAAAUAAAUAAACAUUUAGACCACCUGGAAAAGACAUUAUGCCAAGAAACAGAUACCAUUUGGAAUCAGGAAAAAUCAAAAGCAGUAGAUUUCAUCUCUGAAGUUGAAGCGACAAAGAAAAACUUGAUGGAAAUGAAAGAACAUUUGCAAACAGUCACAACAAAUACUUCAAAACUUCAAUCAUUCCUAGAUGUACAUCAGAUUGAAGAAAAAGUUCAUCAAUGUCAAAGAUAUGUCGACGAUCUGGAAAAUGAUGAGAGGAUCAAAGAAUUUGACUUCAAAAUAAAGCAAAAUAAUGAAAUAGAAAAGAUACUUCGCAAACUAGUAUCAAUAGAAUCUUUUGGAGAAGUAAUGGUUGUUAAGACACAAACAGACUUGAACAAAGAAACAAGUGUGAGGAUGGAAGCACAAGUAGAAUCACAAGAACAAUCCAAUAUACACAACAUUACAAUGAAUAUUGUGACAAAGAUCAAGUUGAACAUUAUUAAUUUUAUUAGUGACAUGAUAUGUCUGAUGGAUGGAAGAAUUAUAGUAUUGGAAGAGAAGGGUAAAGUUUAUCUACUGACUCCUAAUGGAAAACUUAAGAAACAGUUAAAAAUAUUAGAUAAAGCCAUCAGUGUUACACAGAUCAAUCAAAACACUUUUGCCUUAACUUAUCCUGAUGAGAAAGCCAUUAAGAUCUUCGAUAUGGAGAAUGAAACAUUUAUCAAAGUUAUAACAAUACACAAAGAAUGCAGAGGUUUAUCAUUCUCCAAUAAUUCUCUUGCCAUAGGUUUGAAUUCAAAUGAAAUCUGUAUUAUUGACUUGGAAGGAAAUAUAUUGAAGUCAAUACAAGUUCAGAGUAUAUCAAACCUGCGUAACCUUGUUUACUGUAAUGACAGAAUAAUCCAUAGUGACUAUUAUGGUAAAGCAGUAUACUGUUAUGAUGGAUCAGGUAAACAGAUCUGGCAAUACAGACAGGAUUUAACAGAUCCAGUAGGACUUUGUACAGAUACUUAUGGAAACACUAUUGUAGCAGACUAUAAAUCUCAUAGAAUAAUAGUUAUAUCAAAAGAUGGACAGGACAGUAAAGUACUGAUUAGUAAGGAGGAUGGACUGAUGUCUCCUAGGUGUAUUAGUUUUAAACACAAUGAGUCUUCAGGAUUUAUUUGUGAUAUUGAUGGCAAAUACUUGGCCAAAUUUGAUUUAUCUUAUGGCUGAUAUACACAAUGAGAUUUUUAUGGCAUUACAUGAAUCGAUGAAGGUAAUAUACAUAUAACCAUUGAGGAUAUUUCGUGUAAAGUUUGAAAGUGAAAUGAAAUGUAGACAAAUGUAUAGAUG